AUGGCAGCAAACGAUGUUGACCUCCCAAAGGAGGACCCACUCAUGCAGCCACUGCUCCUACUGAGACACCAUCUGAGCGGGUUACUUGGAGGUGGUACUUCUAAUAUUGGCUUCAAGGACAAGGUUUGGAAUGGUGCCUCAGUGCACUUACUUGAGCAGUGUGGGACAGUCUUCAAGCCCAGUGCAUGCAAGAACAAAUGUGGCAAGUUAAAACAGAUAUAUUGGGCAGUCAAACAGCUCUCAGAACAGUCAGGCUUCCCCUGGAGUAAUGAAAAUGGUGCUGAUCCUGGACCAGAAGAGGAGCAAUUAUGGAUUGAUUUUGUUGUGGAGUGGCCUCUGGCUGCUCCAUUCCAUCAAAAAGGGUGGCCACUCUUUGAUGAGAUGGCAGAGAUUAAUCCUAAGCAUGCAACAGGAUGCCAAGCAUUCCACACAACCAAGAUGCCAGAGCCUGAAAGCGAGGUGUCAGGGCACACCCACCUGACCCACCUCCACCCAGGUCCACCUGACCUGGUACCCCCCUUCCUCCCCCCUUCUUUCAUUCCAUGUUCUUCAUUCCUGUUCUUCCUCCUUUCUACCUUCUCUUCUAUUUCUGUUUCUAUUUCUAUUCCUAUUUCUAUCUUACACAGAUGA